AUGCAGCAGCGACAUGACGAUCUCGACAUCGUCGAUGACGACCAGCCUAAAGCACCUCCACAAGUGAUUUACUGCGGACCCUCCAACAAGUCAGUAGACGUGGUAGCUAAAUACAUGCUGAAAAUUCCUGACCUCAAGAUCAUCCGUGUGUAUGGUGAUCGUAGAGAACAGGCGGAGUUUCCAAUUCCCAACAAACGCCAACCACUAAAAAAUUCAACGGACGAUGACAACCAAAUCUCGAAUGAGGAUGAUGAACUGAAAGCAAUCUCACUACAUCACGUCAUUCGAAGGCGUCCCUGUCCGUUUGCCGCCGAGCUUGGAGAGUAUGAGCGCCAAUUUGAUGAUGAUAGGAAAAACGAUCGCAGGACCAGUGACAAGGAAGUACACGACUAUUGCGAACUCAUCAGAAAGGCCGAAAAUUGGGCUCUUCAAGAGUCUGGAGUCCAGAUCAUCCUUUGUACAUGCGCAGCAUCGGGAAAACCGAGGCUAACCAAAUCCUGUGGCAAUAUCCAACAAUGCAUUGUGGAUGAAUGUGGCAUGUGCAUGGAACUGGAAUCCCUCGUGCCAAUCGCGUACUCAAAAGCGCGACAAGUGGUUCUGAUUGGUGACCACAAACAGUUACAGCCGGUCAUCCAAGACAACUUGUAUCAGGAAGAAGCAGUGAAAGAGGCGCUUGGGAAGCCUUUCACCCUUGUUCAGGGUCCUCCAGUUUGCUUGUUUGAACUGAUCAGUUACACAUUUCUGUCUCCAACAGCGUUCAAAAGAUAA